AGAGAGAGAGAGAGAGAGAAAACAGAAGGAAGAGGAAGAGAAGAUGUUGUCAUUUAAUGGAUGUUGUAAUGCACCGGAUCAGCUCCGAUUCCUACCUCAAUGCCGAUCUCUAGCCGGUCCCAAAGCAUUGGGUCGUCGUGGAAUCGUCAACAUCUCCUGCUGCUCAUCCUCUUUAACCUUUCCGCAGCUACGAACUUCAGAUGAUAUCGUCAUAUCAGAACGGGCGAAUGGAUCGGUAGGAGCAAUAUUAAACCUUCCCACCAACGAGUCGGUGAGCUUAAUGGAGCACCUUCGGCGUGGGAGCAUUGCUGAAGAUGGAAGGUCUUACAAGGAGAAAUUCAUUGUGAGGUGUUCUGAAGUUGGGCCGAAUAAAACUUCUACUAUGGAUGCCAUUGCCAAUCUCAUGCAGGAAGCUUCAUGCAAUCACGUCCAAAGAUUUUCCUACUCCGCCGAUGGGAUGGGAAUGACAACCAACAUGAAAAAAUUGAAUCUUAUGUGGGUGACUGCUCGAAAUCACAUUGAAGUUUACAAAUACCCAACAUGGGGUAACAUGGUUGAGGUUGAGACAUGGUUUGAAGCUACAAGAGCUGGGUUAAGACGCGAUUUUAUUGUCAAAGAUGCCACUGGCGUGCUUAUCGGUAGAGGCACCAGCAAAUGGGUGUCAAUGAACAGAACCACAAGACGAGUUCAGAAAGUUCCUGAAGAAGUGCUGGAAGAACUUAUGGGUUUCACUCCACAAACUCCACGAUUAGCUUUUCCAGAGGAGGACAGCAGUUGCCUGAAGAAAAUUCCCAAGCUUGAAGAGCCUGCUCAAUAUUCUAGAUUAGGGCUCAAGGCCAAAAGAACCGAUUUGGACAUGAAUGGGCAUGUGAACAAUGUCACCUACAUAGGAUGGCUUCUUGAGAGCGUGCCUCAGGAAAUUAUGGACAAUUAUGAACUUGAAAAGAUCACAUUGGACUAUAGAAGAGAAUGCCAAUCUGGUGAUGAGGUUGAUUCCCUCGCUAGUAUUGUGAUGGAGGAUGCAGAAGCAAUUCCAGAGCUUAAUAGGACAAAUGGAUUUUCCAUUGAGAGGAAACACAAAGAAGACUGCUAUGAGUUCUUGCAUUUCUUGAGAUUUCCAGAUAGUGGACUGGAAAUAAAUCGGGCUCGUAGUGAGUGGAAAAGGAAAUCAACAAAAUAGGUUGAUUACUUGGUCUGUCUUGGACCAUCUUACCCUUGACUGUUUGUUGAAGGAGUAUAUAGCCACUUUCCUAUGAAACGCUAAAUAAGCAUCAAUGGUUUUGAGAAUUGAUUAUGAGUCCAUGUAUUUAAUACCAUUUGUUAAAUAUCCCAAAGUUGGUGAAUAUGUUAUCACUAGUGGAUUUGUAUCUUUUUAAAUUUUAUUAUUUGGUUAUAUGAA